AUGCCUUCAGUAUACUAUCUCAAUCCUCCCCCAAACCCUUUCUGGUCUUUCGUGAAUGACUUGGAUUCUCACCCUUUCUUCGGUGGUUUCCCCGAGCAUGUUCGCAAUGGUGGCCCACCAGCACCUCCUCCACCACGAAGAUCAGCUUGGGCUCGUCCUGAGCGUGGCACUCCUGCACCACCACCUCAACCUCCAAUGAGUGAGGCAGCAAAGGGAAAGCAGCCGACUGUCGAGGACGAUCCUCCCAUAGUCGAUCCCAGCACUAUCAAGCCUGAGACAAAGAAGCCGGAAGAGACCCAACUUCCAUUCCACGGCCGUAGAGCUCGCUUCGGACGCCCAGAUCGACCAGAUCGACCAGAUCGUGAGGAGCGUGAAGAACGUCGACAGCGAGGUCACCCUUGUGGCCGGCGCAACCGCGGAUUUGGAGGAUGGGGCGGUCCUCCUCCAUUUAUGUUCGGCCAUCCAUUCGCAGGUCCACCGCCAGAACAUCGAGGUCCUCCCGGCCCCCCAGGCGAGGGUCCUCACCAUCAUCCCUCUGACCACUCUCACCAUCGUCGUCGUUCACCACACCGUCCUCGACGAGAACUCGGUCAGCGAGACUUCGACCUUGGCGGAUUCCUCAACAACCUCGGUGACAGACUCGGCGUCGACCUCUCUGGUGCAGCAGAAGGUCUAGGACUGACUACUGAUCGCUUCAGUGCUCCUAAGUCUGGCGAAGAUGUGAACUUCGAGCCAAAGACCGACAUCUUUGAGAAUGCAGACGCCUACAUCAUGCACUGCAGUCUUCCUGGCUGCCGAAAGGAAGACGUGGGAGUCGACUACGACGGAGAGAAUAGCCUUUUGCGAAUCACAGGUGUCUCACACAAGCCUGGAGUCGACGAGAGCAUGAUGAAGCAGCUGGUCGUCGAUGGACGAAAUCGUGAAACUGGUGUCUUUGAGAAGGUCAUUCGAUUAGGCACUAAGCGAGACCCAGCAAACGUGGAUGUUCAAGCCAUUUCAGCCAAGAUGGAUGCUGGAAUCCUGGUCGUCAAAGUGCCAAAGACUGAGGCUGCUCCUCAGAAGCGCGAAGUGCCCAUCACUACUGACCCUGUUGCUGAGGGUAAAGCUGACUACGAAGACGACUACUCCGAGAAGCCAGUCUUGUUCGAUGCAUCCGAGCAGGCGAGUAUCGCUGGCACUGAGCCUGCUGACGCGCCAAAGCGCGAGGAGAUCAACUUGGUCGAUAUGCAGGACAGCCAAUACAAGGAGAAGAACGAGCCUCAUGCCCAAGACACCAAGCCUACCACCAAGGCUGAAGAAUCUAAGCAGGAGACUAAGAACACUCAAGCUGAACAUCAUGCACAGGAGCUUCCAGCCUAUGCCGCUGAGGAGCCAUACGAUGAUGAUGACGAAGAGCCAGAGGAAGAUUGGGAGAAGUUCUCCGAUGCCAGUGGUGAGGGUGAGUUUAUCAAAAUCAAUGUCAACUAG